UGGGCCUGUAUAUAAAUACCGGGAGAUUUUGCGGUCUUACUACUUCGCUAAUCACCCUGGUACUGAACUGGCAAGUCUUGCAUAAACCAACGUCGUAUCCGAAUAUUUGCAACGUUUUCAUUCCUCAAAGAAAAUAAAAAGAAAAAUGAGGAUGCUUGUUGCAUUGUUAGUGACUGGCAUAGCUGUCAUUCUUCAAGAUUGCCUUGUAAGCAGCUCCUGCAUUUUUACCUCUUCUACAACUUGCUCGCCAAUUACCUACUAUGGAAUUAACGGACAGUGUAAUAAUGAAGCUUCUAAAUACGCCGGUAGUGAAAAUUCACCUUUGAGUAGAUACCUGACAUAUUUGGCAACGGGUGGAACUGGUACGACUCCAUAUAAGAAUUUUUUCGGUGAUGCUCUCCCUCUUCCCAGAAAAGUAAGUUUGGAUUUGUUCCCCUGUCAAGACACCACGGCAUCAGAUGCAACUCAUCUUUUUGCAAUUUUCGGAAGACUCCUCAAGUUUGAUUUGUUUCUUACGGAAAAAGUUACUACACCUGAAAGUUGCUGCUCAGGAGCAAGUUGUUUGGGUAUUGAUCACAAUGGCAAUACUGACCAACGUAUUAGCUGCGGCGCAUGCAUGAACUACUAUAAGCCAGUUUUAUCAGAUAAUCUUAAGUGCACCGAUAAGAAACAAGGGAAAAAUCAAGUCACACAUGUCAUUGAUGCUUCUUUUCUAUAUUCCUCGACUUAUUUCACAGGAGCUAAGUCAAGCGGAAAGUUUAAUCUGAAUUCAGGAUUUCUUCCUUUGACUGGAACUUCAUUUGUUGGAGUUUCAGAUGAUAUCAAGAACCCCUUAGUGAUGGCAUUAUAUCAUGUUUUUCUCCGGGAACACAAUAAACUUGUCGAUAAAAUGACCGAAUUUGGUAUAUCAAACCCUUCAACAGAAGCACAGAAGUUGCUGACUGCAAUAUUCCAACAUAUUACUUACAACGAAUAUUUACCAAUGUUGCUCGGCGCCACCACUCCAAUUAAAUCUCAGGCUAGUGGAACACGGGCUUACGACAGCAAAAAGUUACCUGUGGUUUCUAAUUCUUUCUCGCUUGCCUAUGAAUUAGCUAUGGAUUCGAUGUUGAGAGAAACCGUAAUUUUGGAUCCAAGUACAAAUCCAAAUCAAAAGUUGAUUGAUAUAAUGGGCGACGCAACAAAAGUAGAUUCAGACGGGGAAAUGACAUACAUCGUUAAAGGAAUGCUGACGGAAGCCAGUUUAAAAAUCGGCAGGAAAAUACCCUGUAGUUUUCGAAACCAUUGUCAGUAUUCCGAUGUAGUAUCAGUUCUAACUCAAGACACACGUUAUCUCGGAAUACCACCGUACUAUGUUUUCUUAGCACUCACAGGCCAAACUUCAGUUACCAAGUUUAACAACUUCCCCUACCACGAUACCACAACACAAAACCUCUUGGCUGGAACCUAUAAAUACAUCUACGACGUUGAUUUCUUAAGCGGUGUUUUCUUGGAAACAAUACCGUCUUCCGAAAAACUUGGAACAACAUUAAAGAAAAUGAUCCAAGAACAGUUUCAGACAUUGCAAACAGGUGACCGAUUCUAUUAUGAGAACACCAAUGUAUUCACGCCUGCUCAACUUACAGAGAUCAGAAAAACAUCUAUGGCUCUUCUUUUGUGUCGUAACGUAGCCAGUUUAACUAGCGUAAAACAACAUGCUUUUCAAAUGAGUUCGCCCGACGUCGCUUGCUCUGGUAUAGCGGAAAUAGAUUUUUGCGACUAUGCUGCUGUCCCAAGGACUUGGUCCGCUUAUCAAUCAUCUUCCACAGAAUGUUCUGGAUUUAAAAUAGAGUUCCGUACCUGUACCUCAACCAAACCAAUUCAAUGUCCUUGCGUAGGUGAUCCAUUUAGACUUACAAGUUGUCCAAAUGCUAUGGUCAGUAACGAAACUGCCGCGAUCUUGAAAUUGUUACAGAAAAAGAUGUCAUACAACGUGGAAGUCCUAGGUUAUUAUAAAAAAGGUGAUAUGAAGAAGGUGGAAGAGAUAGCGAAGGAAAUGUACUUGAAUAUGACACAGAAAUAAUAAGAAUAACACAAAGUAACUGCAGGAGGAGACGUAGUAGCAGUAGUAGCAUUAGCAAUAUUUAUAGUAAUAAGAGUAUAAACAGUACUACGUUAUAUUUUCAAGUACAUAAUGCUGAUUUGUUAAGAAUAGAAUACAAAUAAAAGGAUAUAUACGAAU